CAGCCUCUGCGAAUUCUUGUAGCCAUUGUCUCCACAUUCUUUUCAACCCUACAAAUAGCAAUUUACCCUUUCGUCUCGAACCACCACCCCAAAUCCAAAUUCAUGUCCUUCAAACACUACGACAUUGACGUUGAUUUUAUACUUCCCCGACGGCGGAGCUUUCCACUUCAGCAACCUUCUUUGUCCAGUCCCGGUACUCUUGUUCAGGUUUUGUUCUGCACUAGUCUAGGGCGAAGCUCUGGACCAAAAGGAUCUUGUUUUGCAGGUGAGGGAGUGGGGCAGGAUAAUUUCGGGUGUCCAACUCUGCCACAUGAGAAACAAAAGAGAGGAAGUUUCUCAUAUUUGAUCUUGAAUUUCAUGAUUUCCCCUUGUACCUUCAAUUUAAAUUCUUGUUUAAGUAGGGCUCUGAUGUCUUUACUGAUUCUCAAUCGCAGGAAAUCCUCUCUUAAGACAUCCACCCUGCUGUCAACCCAAAUUAGAUGACCAAACUUUUGUGCUGUCUUGUGGGCCCAGGAUAGGGUAGUAACCUUGUUGUGCUUAACUUGUAUAACCAAAUAUGGACCCUUCAUUUUAAGUGGAUUGCAGAUCUACUUGUUGAGAAUUUAAAACGUUUUAUUUUCCUUAGUUUUCUUAAUUGAAUCUUAUCUUCUUCGUUCUAA